AGACAGAGAGAGAGAGAGAGAGAGAGAUUUAAGAUUUAAUCCUGUGACGCUCAUACUCGCCGCGCCAUGGACGUCUUUCAAUCUCCGCUGGAAGCUCUGGCCUUCAACUUCAAUUACGUAAGCUUCGGAUUCUUAGCCACUACUACCCUUCAGAGCUUAUUUACCUGCUUUGCCCUUCUUACCACCGCCGUUACCUUUUGGAGAUUCACAACUCUUGCCUCUAAUUCUUUCCGUCGAACCAAAUCUUCUUCUCCAUUAACUUCAUCAUCUGAUAAUUGUGAUGGCUAUUCUACUCCACCACCUGUAAAUGUGUCUCCUCCACCCUUUCCUGAUGAUCAUCAACUGGAGUUGGAGAAGAAGCCAUCUCAUGAUCAAGAAGCUUCCACUUGCAAUUGUGUGCGAAGAAGAUCAAAUUCCUCUUUCGUUGGUUCCAUCCCUAUCGAAGAUGACGAGAACGCCGGGAAUGGUGAGAAAAGGGUAAACCUGAAAGACAAGUUUACUCUGUAUUACUCUGAGGAUGACGAAAAUAGGGAAGAAGAACUUAUCGAUGGCGUUAACGAUGUCGUUUGCUCGUCCGGAGCCCCGGAACUUCUCUACUCAAAAGGGUUUUGGUGUUCCGACGGAAUUUCGUCGAGGAGAGGAGGGGAUUUGUUGAGUUGGUAUCGUUAUCAAGAUUUAACGGUACUUAACGGCAGCGUCGUUAGGUUGUGGGACUGUAAUAGACGGACAAAUUGA